UUUGCCCACCGUUUUCCUCGCUUCCCAUCCCUCCUCGUAGGGCGGGUGAUUCCCACUCUCCUGCACCGGAAAGCCAUUUAUCUCCUUCGAAGCCACACUGACGACAGCGGAAGCAUACGCGGCUCCGGGCUGUGCGCGGCUUCUCCACGGCUCAGUAGACGGCUCGCGGAGGCGAGGAGAAUAAUAAAGGCAGACCCUCCGGAGAGCCGCGGCGCUCGUGCGGCCGUGAACGCGCGCGCGCUCACCCGCACAUCCUGCGCCUUGGGCACGGCGCGCGCGCUCGGCGCGUCCGGGAUACGGAGCUGAAGGCUCGCCUCGGCUCGGCGAGGGAGGGAGCCGCUCCAGCUGCCCCGCGCCUGGGCGCGCUGCGCACGAGGCCGCCGCCGGAGCGUGGGGGCAGGUGCUGAGAGGGGGCUGCGCGGCGGGCGAGCCCGGUGGGCGCCGUCCGUGGCAAGCAUGUCCGCGCCCUGUUGUGCCGGCCAGUUGGCCUGUUGCUGUGGCACUGCCGCAUGUGCGCUUUGCUGCAAAUGCUGCCCAAAGAUAAAACAGUCGACCAGCACUCGUUUUAUGUAUGCACUGUACUUCAUCUUGGUGACGGUCAUCUGUUGCGUCAUGAUGUCGGAGACAGUGGCAAACGAAAUGAAAAAGCAUAUGAAUACUGCAUCUAAUGCUGUAUGCCAGCAAAUACAGGCAGGCGACUCCUGUGAGAAGUUGGUGGGCUAUUCUGCGGUUUAUCGAGUGUGUUUCGGGAUGGCUUGCUUCUUUUUCAUCUUCUUCUUACUCACAAUCAGAAUUAGCAAUAGCAAAAGCUGCCGUGCAUACAUUCACAAUGGAUUUUGGUUCAUUAAAUUUCUGGUCUUGGCAGCUAUGUGCUCAGGAGCCUUUUUCAUUCCAGACCAGGAUACCUUUCUUAAAGCAUGGCGCUAUGUAGGUGCUGCAGGAGGGUUUCUCUUCAUUGUAAUUCAACUCAUCCUGCUUGUAGAAUUUGCACACAAAUGGAACAAGAACUGGACCUCUGGCACAAAGCACAAUAAACUCUGGUAUGGAUCCUUAGCUUUUGUGACCCUUGUAUUAUACUCCAUCGCUGUUGGAGCUCUGAUUGUCAUGGCUGUCUUUUACACGCGUGCUGAGGGCUGUACAUUUAACAAGAUUCUGCUUGGUGUCAAUGGUGGCUUGUGCUUGCUCGUGUCAAUGGUUGCCAUCUCACCCUGCGUCCAAGACCGUCAACCACACUCUGGCUUGUUGCAGUCCAGUAUUAUCAGCUGCUAUGUCAUGUAUCUUACCUUCUCAUCUCUGUCAAGUAAACCACCAGAAACUAUCCUAGAUGAGAAUCAGAGAAACAUUACAAUCUGUGUACCUGAAUUUAACCAUGGGCUGCAAACAGAUGAAAACUUGGUGACUGGACUGGGGACUGCCAUCCUGUUUGGCUGCAUUUUAUAUUCUUGCUUGACCUCAACAACCCGGGCAAGUUCUGAAGCACUGAGAGGAAUCUAUGCAACACCAGAAACUGAAGUUGCCCGCUGCUGCUUCUGUUGUUCUCCUGAUGAAGAUGGUGAUGUUGAAGAACCUGUUGGCAGAAGGGGAGGCCAGAGAGUAAUUUAUGAUGAAAAGAAGACCACCGUGUACAGCUAUGCCUACUUCCAUUUUGUGUUCUUCCUGGCUUCUCUUUAUGUGAUGAUGACUGUUACACACUGGUUCCAUUACGAAAGUGCUGCAAUUGAAAAAUUCUUUGCUGGAACCUGGUCCAUAUUCUGGAUUAAGAUGGCUUCCUGUUGGCUGUGUGUUCUCCUCUAUCUGUGGACACUUCUAGCUCCUUUCUGCUGUCCAACCAGAGAAUUCUCCGUGUGAAUCUUCUGCUUGCAAGCUCAGUGGUUUAGGGAAUGGAGAAAUAAGUCCAUUUAGCAGCUAUCAGACCAUUGAUGGUUAGGAUACUGCUUUCUCUUUCAUAUUAAACCAUACAUUUUGAGAGUCUUUUAAAAAUAUUUAGAUUAUCUGUAUUAAGAAAGCGUGAAGAAACUCAUCUAGUCAAAAGCAGUCUGGAACUCAAGAGUAUGGAUACUGCUAAAUAUUCCACAAUAAGCUUUAAAAGCAUUUUGAAAUCAUAGACUGUCCAUCGUGCAGAUAUUUUGUGCUUCUAUAAAAAGCAAAAUGAAUCUAUGUACAUAUGGGAAAGACUUUCCCUUUUGUGGUCUUGCAUUAAGACUGAUGCUCAUGCAUUACAGUCCUCACAGACAUUGAUAUCUGCCUCCUUAUGAUUUUGCUGUCAAAUGAACUAAAUAUCUGUGUAGAAUGACAAGAUGGAGUUUAAAAUUUGAUUGGGAUCAAGUUACCAUAGGUGGGGAUAGUAUCUGCUCAGUGGUUUCUUUUUCUAUAUUAGUUGCUCAUAGUAAAUUAUUGCAAAUGUGGAUUAAGGAAGAAAAAAUGUGGGUAUAAAAAUAUUUAUUUAUGCUAUUAAUGAAAAGCACCUUUAUGGAUCACUGGGUAACACUGACUAGGAUGUGAAACACUGUAAAUGUCGGUGCAAUUAGUUAGCAACUAUUAGGAGCCACUCUGGGAGUAAACACUUCUAAUGCAGUAAUCCAUACAGGACCAGUAAGCGACAGAAUGUGAGUUCUUCCUAUGGUAUCUGAGCUAUCUUAGCAGGUCUGAAGAAUCUUCUAUUUGGCAAGGUUGUUCAGUGAAUACAGUCUGCAAGCUACCAAUCUACAGAUCAAAUUAAAGUUAAAUGUAGGGCCUAAGAAAUCAAGUGAAGAUUGGUACUACUAACCUUACCCUGACAAAUUAAUAGGAAUAUUAAACGUUAAUUUGAAAGGGUUUUUUUGUUUCAUUUGAUCCAUCACUAAUUAGAUCCCAGAUUUAAUCCCCAGGUAUGUUUAAUGUAAUUCUUUAAAGUGCAACUAUGGAUCGAGACCGCAGAGGGAAAUCAUAUUUAACUCAUUGAAAUGGUUAUAUCUGAGAUCUUGAAAAUAUGUUUGCCUUUCUAACCUCUAAUUAGGUAGCAGUUUGAAGAUCAUAUCUUUCCUGUUCCUAUCAAAUUUCAUUUGGAGAUUUCAUUAUCAGAGGAUCAGAGCUAACUUUUUAAAAGUUCCUUUUAUGCUUGAAAAGAGUAAUACUGGAGGAGAAAGCUCAUAAAUGUUGAAAUAAAUUAAGGCUGCUCCUAUGCACUCUUGCUUGGAAGCAUGCCACAUAGAAUACAACUGGACUUGAUUCUGAAUAAACAUGUUUAGGAUUGCACUCCAAGCUAAUUUUUCUGUUGGGCCAAAGGUAAGCGUGCUUCGGAUGUUAGCAUAUUGCUUGUUAGUUUUGUAAACACCAGCACAUAAAUUUUGCAAAAUUAUCAUACGCCACUCCUUCAGAGCAAAAGAAAUGAUUGGCAGUUGUGCUAUCUAGAUCGCUAUUGUUCUAGUAAAAGUUAUCCACAGUAGCUUAAUAGUUAAAAAGUGCAUUCACAGUGUUUAUGUUGCUCUCAUGCUUUGGUUUUCAUGUAUUAUAGCAAUUGCAACAGCUGCUUUCAUUCAAUAUUUCCUGAUAAUUGCAGAUGGCAGCCAUCUGUUGGCAAUGGCAGAGCACCAGAUUCCAAAGCAAGGAACAGUUCUUGCACCAUCAGUUGUUUGGUUUUAUCUUGCUCAGUUUUUAUUUAUUUUCUUCGUUUAUUUUUUCCAUUGUAAUUUAUGCAGGACUUGGAGUAACUUCUGAGAAAUAGAGGUCAUACCUGCAGAAGGCUGCUUUCUAGUACUUUCUUAAUCAGGGUAAAUUUUCUGAAGUAGGAAGCAUCAGUGCUGCUCUAAGCAGCUUAGUAUAUACUAGACCCUGAUAAAUUUAGAUAAUCAGAGCAUUAGAAGGAAUCCAGGUUUGUGCAUGUCUUUAAACCAGAGCUUUUCACAACUGCUUCUAAUCAGAUCCAGUAAGCAUAGUAAAUGCAGCUAAUGUGUUAAAAUUAAGUGUAACAACACCACCCACAAAACCCUUGGAGAACUGGGCUCCAUGUAUUUUCAGAUUAUAUUAGAAUUGGUAUGCUUCUAAUUGCAUUUUAAAUAACAAUGUAUACUGCACCAAGCGACUUUAAUUACAUUCAGGGUAUUGGACUGCUGUGUCUCUGUGAACCCUACAGUUUGUUACUGUUUUAAUGUUAAAUGUGUUUGAAAACUGAUAAAGCUUUCCAUUCUCCAGGAGUGGUGUACAUCCUAAAAGGGCCCUAAGGCUUCUUGGACAGAGCAGUGUCUUGCUGUUUUGAGUGUGCAGAAAAUAGGGGCUGGCAUAAGCUCAGGAAAAGGAAUGGUGCUAUUGUUUAAAAGUGACCUUUACCUUCCUCAGUUCUUGAAAGAAUUUUUCCUUGGAAAUAGCUCUGGCUUCUGCAUCCUGAUGUUUGGAGAGAGGAAAGGAAUUUGUUUAUUGUGAUAGAUUGUAACUACAAAUGUCAGAGAGAGAGCAAGAGAAUGUUGGCGCUCAGUUGUAACCCUACCAAAGGGAAUCCCAGGGACCAUUUUAAAAUCUACUGAAUUUCUUACACAACUGAUUCACUUUCCUACUUCAUAAUGUGUCUGAAAAUAGUAAGGCAUCAUGCAUAUGGUGAAUCUGCAGAGGACAGAAAGAACUAAUUUAGUUCAGCCUGUUUAAUGUGUGAGAAUUGGCACGUUAGCUUAUUUGCAUUGCCACAUGACUUUUAAAAGCUGUAUGUCCCACUAAUACUAAUAACUGAAUACUAUUAGUUAUUAGUAUACUUAAUAAUAAUACUGAUAACUGAAGCUGAUGCUGUGGCACACACUGUUCCACAUCUUGGCUCGUUAGUGCAUUAUCAAGAACUCACUUCCUGAAGUUCUUCAAUUUUAUUCAGUUGACUUUUUCGGUAAAGUCAGUGCUAACUGCCGUAGCUCAUAAGCCAUGUAAACAAGGGUUGUAGACCCUGUACAUUGUCAAAUUUAAAUCUUGCCAGUAUUUGAAUGCCUUAUUUUCAUUUUUAAAAAGCCUGUUCAGUCAUAUGUCUGGGGUGUAGGUGGCACAGGCUGUUUUUGCCAAAGAUUUACUCUACGCUCCCCUCACAAAAUAGGGAUAAGGAAAUUAUACAAUACUGCAAGUAGACCAUAAAAAUACUCUACACAAUGUAAACUAUUAAAUGUUUUAUUGGCAGUUUUUGACAGCAUGAUGUAAAGCAAGUAUGGAGUGCACUCUAUCAGAAAAUUCUCCUGUGCGACUUCUAUUGAAUGACUGGCAGCUAUGUAACAACUUCCAUUGCAUUCCAUACCUGUGCAUUUCUGUGGGGUUCACACAAACAGACCUGAUGGAUUUGUGGCCAAGUCUCUCAUAAAGCUGUCCUUUCUCUCUUCGAACCUACUAUCAAGUUUUACUGUUUUAACUUCAUAACUAAUAGUUCUGUUUUUUAUUUACAAUGUCUUUUAUGUCAGUUUUGAAGAAUGGAUACAGAAUGCUUCAUACAUAGUUUUUUUAAAAAAACGUUUUCAGAAUUUUUUAACAAAUUUUUGAUACAAUCUAACUUUCAGGACAAUUUUUGUUAAAAAUUGGAGCUGAAACUGGUUACAGUUUGUGUUCUUCAACCUGUAGCAAAUUGAAGGCUAAAAUGGGGUGGGGGGUGUUGUUAAGACUUAAAGAGAAAUCUUAAGUGUAAAACACGCAGUGUGUGUCAUUUUUAAAGUGUUCUGUUGGGUUUUCUAGGGAUAACUGCAUAUUGGGAAAGUAUUAUAGAUGUGAUUAUUUAACUGACGAAUAAACUCAAGUUGGUUCAAAA